CUUCUCCGGCUUUUCCUCCGCUUUUCCUUUACUUUCUCGCCAUCUAAACUCUCCCGAACUCCAACUCUGUUCACAUUUUGCUGUUCUUUGGUCCUGGAUUUGAGUAUUUAUUGACCGAAUAGUUUCGGAGUGAGAAUUAAGGUUUGAGCUUUGUAGUUUUUUGUUUUUAAAUGGGGGGCGUGACGUCUUCGGUGGCGGCGAAGUUCGCUUUCUUUCCGCCAAGUCCGCCGUCGUACGAGGUGGUUACGAGAGAGGGGGACGGGGUGACGGGGAAGCUGGGGAUGUCGGGGGUGGUGUUGAGGGAAAACGUCGACGUUUUGAAGCUGGACACGAAGAGAGGGAAUCAGGUGGUGGCGGUUUAUAUUAAGAACCCUGCGGCGCAGUUGACUUUGUUGUACUCGCACGGUAACGCUGCUGAUCUGGGUCAAAUGUACGAGUUGUUUUAUGAACUCAGUGUCCAUCUACGAGUCAACUUGAUGGGAUACGAUUAUUCUGGGUAUGGCCAAUCAAGUGGGAAGCCAAGUGAGCAAAAUACUUAUCAUGACAUAGAAGCAGUGUAUAGAUGUCUUGAAGAGAAAUAUGGGGUGAAGGAGGAAGAGGUUAUCUUAUAUGGGCAAUCAGUUGGGAGUGGACCGACUCUAGAUUUGGCAACUCGACUACAGAGAUUGAGGGCUGUAAUUCUACACAGUCCAAUCAUGUCUGGUCUUCGUGUUAUGUAUCCAGUGAAGAGAACCUACUGGUUUGAUAUUUAUAAGAAUGUUGACAAAAUACCUUUUGUGAAUUGUCCAGUCCUAGUCAUUCAUGGAACUGCUGAUGAUGUUGUUGAUUGGUCCCAUGGUAAGCAGCUUUGGGAUCUCUGUAAAGAGAAGUAUGAGCCAUUAUGGAUUAAAGGAGGGAAUCAUUGUGAUUUGGAGCUUUACCCCCAAUAUAUCAAGCAUCUCAAGAAGUUCAUAUCAGUGAUUGAGAAAACACAUUUCAGAAGUGGAUCUGGGCUUAUUAUGGAUCAGUCUGGAAAUCCCAGGAAGAGCACAGAUUUUAGAGAUACAUUCAUACCAAGUCUAGAUCAGAGAGAGAAAUACGGACCAUGUAUUGACCAAGGAGAAAGACCACGAGUAAGCAUUGACCAUAGAGAGAAAUCAAGAACCAGUAUUGAUCGGAGAGAGAAAUCAAGAAAGAGUGUGGAUCGCCCUGAGAAAACUGUUAAUGGGACAGAACUGCCAGAGAAAGCCAGGAACAGCAUUGACCGGUUAGGAGACAUGAUGAGAUCGGUAAGACUAUGCAAUAUUGAUUGUUUUAAGCCUACAGCAACAAGUGUCUAGAAAGAGGAAAGGUCAGUCCACAAACUGAAGUUGUAAUUUGCUUCACGUUUUAUUUAUUUGGUUGGUCUUUGUGGUUGUCAAAGUGAAAUGAAAAAUGCCUUAUUGGUUCUUAUGUGCAUUUUCAGAGUGAAAAUAGGAAAUUAAUUUGAUCAAGCAUAUUAUGUAUCUCUCUUUGUUGUCUUUCCAAGCUAAUAAAUCCUGCUGACUCGCUUGCCCACUCAUUGUUUAAUUUUAUUUGGCCACGCCCAAAUCCUUAACGUUGAGUUUUUCUGCCAGUAAUAGUUCCAAAAGAAGUGACAAUUUAGCGUAGUAAGAAAAAAUUCCUGCCCAAAUGCCGGCAUAGGAUAGGGAACCAGAAAGCAAUAUUUUGCAGUAGGUCUCUGAUUACUUUGGCUUGUACUCACUCUGUAAUAGACUUGAAGUUAGAAUUUCAGCAAUGAUUAUAGCUGUAUGUAAAUAUCUGAGUGUUGCAGAAGCCUUGUUUGUAUGAUUCAAAUAACUGAAAUCAACAUAUUUCAAAGGACUUUGAGUUCUCUGACAACCA